UCAUUUUGGCUUGUUGAGAGCUUUUGAGCUAUUUCUCCCAUAGCAAGUGCCAGUCUCGCAGAGCUGGCAAUUUUGGCCACGUAACUAUGACUUCAGUGACAGUGCAGUUUUUAAUCUUAAAGCCAUAAAAUGAGAUUUUAGUAAAUCUGGUGAAAUGUUUUUAAAUAUGAGGACCCACUCAUUGUUGUAGCACUGUUUCUUCCUUUCAUGUUCUGUGUUUAACACUUUUCAGGAUUUUAAGUACGUGGGUAAGAUUUCUCUACAGUUAUUCAAAAGGUAUCUAGCAAUGAUUUGUAUGAUCCAAGGCUAGCUUGACCAUGCUGAUGAAAGAUGUUUUUCUUUCUCUCCUGUUUUUUAAGCUGGCUAAAAAGAAGUUAAAUCUGUCUUUUAGUACCUUCUAGCUGCAUUUGCAAUGGAGGAGGUGAAGAAGUGUAUUUUAUCCUCAGUCUUAAAAGAGCUCUUGCUCUCCAUCCUCUGUAGCCAGGGUUCAGCUUGGCUUUUAAGUGCUAGGAUCUCAGAUAAAGCUUUUGGCUGUGGUGCCUCUGGAAUUCUUCCUGUUGACAGGUUGUACACAGAGGGGCUGAAGGUGAGAGAUUAGUGUAAGGAAGGGAUUCCUUUUAUGCAGCAAGUUUUUUUUUUUUUUUUUUUCCAGUCUGCCUACUGACCGUUCACUUACCAAGAACAUGAAUUUCUGAGAUGGUUUCAGGAAGGUGGGUUGAGUUACAGAAACUGAAAGGUGGCAUCUUGAAUGAAACGCAUCUUGAAAUAGGAAAUCCCCUCGAUAGAUUUUUAAGCUGAGAUGUUGGUGUUUUUCUUUGCUCGAAAAAUCACCACUUACUAAGAAAUACUUCUAGAAAUGGUUGGGGAAAAGAGGCAGCUAAAUAUUCUCCUUGGUUUACACCUUUCCCUCCCUCCUGUGGCCUCUUGCAGCUUCUGCUACAGCUGGCUGCUUCUGCUGUUGGUGGUUUGAGACUCCCAAACCUCACUUGCAGAAGAGGAGUCAGUACCUUGUCUUGACUGAGUAGCUUUACUUAGGAGAACUGAAGGGACCUACUUCAGUACAACAUUAUAUAUAAAUUUAUAUUUUUUUCAGGAAAGCUUGAGGUUUUAUUCCAGGACCAGUACUCAAAGAGAGGUUACUUUUCUUAACCCCACUUUUCUCUGUGAGGUUUACAGAUGUCCUUCCCUGCUUACAUGGGGCGCUCUGUAGGAAUAUUUCUGUUCUCAGGGUAUGUAGCAGGGGUAACUGCUGUACUGUUUUCCCAGAAGGGAUGUGGAUGCCUGUGACAUGUGCAUUUCCAGUCAUAUAGGCUAGAAGACUCUGAGCUUGUCAACUUCACACUCAAAAACCUACAAUGUGAAAUCUGUAGAGAAUUCCUGUUAUUGUACAGUAAAUAGCAAGAAACAAAAAAUGGACACUCAAAUAUUUUCCCCAUUACUAGGGGCAAUUACUAGCACGCCACCUUCGUUGGAAUCUUCCCAGCUGUAUAGCGACUGGUCAGCAUGUGGAGAAGACAACAGCACAAAAACAUCUUUGCAAGACUGCACAAAAAAACGGGCACAAGUAAAUCUUCCUUAUUCUGGCAGUGGCCCUGAUAUGUUUGGGCUCGUGUCGAGCAUUUUAGAAGAGCCAAACAAGGCAGAACCAGUUACAGAUUGGAAUUCUCUUUCAAGAUUGUUUCCACCAAUGUGGGGACCUGAUCUUGGGAACAAUGGUGAAUUCCCAGGGCUUUCAUAUAAGCACUCUGGAGAAAACAAGGAUCUUUCAAACCUGAUGUGCACACAGAACUACUACCAAGAGCAGCUGCAGAAAUCAUGUGAUGUGGAGAUGCUGCACAGAGGGUUAGAAGACCUUCAUCUCCUAGAGUCUUGGCUUUCUCCAUCUGGCCCUUGCGCUCAGCCUGAUAACAUGCUGAAGAACAGUUAUCCUGACAACUCCUCUUUCCAGAACAAUAAUUCAGUUCACCAAGAAGGGUAUUCAUUUCCAAGUGCCGACUAUAAUCAGCACUUGUGCAGUUACAACCACAUGAGGUUAAAUGGGGACUGUGAAAAAAUCAGUCCCAGUUUUAAUUUUUCUUCUAGAAACAGACUUAAAGACGAUGCUAGCAUUCAGAAAGAGUAUUGGAAAAUCGAAAGAACAAGGAGCAACAUCACGAAUAAUGACACACAUGAACAAACUAAAUAUUCCCCUGAUCUUUCCAACCAGCCUGUUGAUGACUCCUGGGAUAAAGUGUCCCAGGACAGCCACUUCUUUUCUAAAAGAUAUGAGAACUUUACAGCUGCUCAUAAAUCACAGUCAUCUGUUCACCCAUCGCUAUGUUUUUUCAAUCAACCAUCUAAAGAAAAUUUUUCUGGAGUGACAAACAGAAAACCACAGGAAAGCCACAUGCAAAAUGGUCAUCAGAGCUUUACAUUGGGGGAUGCUUUUAAUAAUAAUGAAUCUAAGAUCCAUGCUAGUCCUAAAGAGUGCUCUCAUAAAACUUCGGAGUAUGAUUUGUCUGUCAUAAAUAUGCAAAAUGGGAGUUAUUUGUCAUACCAUACGUGGCUAGAUGGAAAAACUGCAGGUCCAACAUCUGUGUCGGAUGUUAUGUAUGGAAAGCAGCUGGUAACGAGCCCCCAGUCAUCUUCUGGGAUUUCAACCAUGUCUGGUGGUUCUCCCACCCAUCACUCUGUAGCACACUCCUCCUACUUCUCACAGCUCUCCCCCGUCCUCCCUUCAAGGAAGGAUGGAAGGUUACACCCUUCAAAUGGUGUUUCUAAUAAUUUGGGACUUUCUAAUUUCAUCUCAGAAAACCAGAAGCAAAUGAAACCCUUUGGACGCUCGCAGCAUGAGUCCUUGACCUGUAAGGAAUGGCAGCACCGCAAAUUCCCCACGAGUUUUUCAUCCAACUGGUUAACACAGCCCAAUUCUGUGAGCGAAGACCCUGAACUAUUCCACAGAUCGCAAAAAAAGCAAAUGCAAGAAAACGGUAAUAAAGAUGAUAGAAGAGGCAGAAGGAACUGGGUUCCCCAUUUUGGAUAUGCAACCCCAAACCGCCCACACUUCAGCGUGUUCCAAAAAAAGCUCGAACAGAAUGGUGGUGGCAUGUCAGAUCUCAUCAGUCCUCCUUUUCUCCCCUCCUUCCCAUUGAUGGCUGAUUUUAAGCAAAAUCCCGGCUUCCCUCCGUUUAAUCACCACCUGUUUUCAUCGGCAAAUAACUUCAACUUCCCCCCUUCGCCCUUUCCGUUCUCAGAACUUGUUGAUCUUCUUCAUUAUGAUGAUUUUAACCGCUUGAACCCUUUCAUCAGUGAUCUGUUUUGUGGGGAAAUAACUGCACCAUACUUUGCCUUUCCGACACCGUUUAACAAGUACAGGCCUCCAAGAAAUCGCAGCGGACCCGCUAAUGAGCUUCAUACCCACCUGGAGGAGUGUUACGAGCAGUGGAGAGCUCUGGAGAAGGAGAGAAAGAAGACUGAGGCUGACCUCGCAAGAAACUUCCCAGGAAAGCGCGUAUCUAGCUCAAACAACACUCCUGUGUCUCGGCUGCCUGCUAACCCAUCCCGCGUCGAUCGCUUGAUUGUUGACCAAUUUCGAGAACAGGCCAGGGUGCUCACCUUGAUAGGGAAAAUGGAAAGGCUUCGUGGUGCCCCUGUGCACGGUAACAUACCCGCGACGUUGGAACACCACAGGGAAGCCAUCCACGUAACACAAGCGAGGCGUAAGGAUGAGAUUGUUAAUGCUGCUAAUCCGCAGAGACCAGGAGCGCUGCGCUAUAAUAAUGAGAAAGAUGUUUUGGCUCUGGCAGCUGCCAUCAGAGAGUUGGCUGCUUCCACACGCAAGGCUCGUACCGCGCUGUGGUGUGCACUACAGAUGACUCUGCCAAAAACCUCUUUAAGCGGCCCAGUACAACAGGAUGACAUUGAAAAGGCCUUGCAAGAGCUUCGUUCCCCAAGCACAAGCACACAAGAAAGAAACAGCGUGGAGCAUGAAAAAGGAAGUGAAAAAGAACAACCUGAGGAACCCAUGAGGAUUCUGGAUUAAUAACAAAUACUUGAAGGGAGGAAUAGAGAUGAGGAUUGAGAGGGAAGGGCAAAAGGCCUGCCUAGUACUGAGGGGGGCAUUUUGAUGGGCUAUCGGAAAGCGAAAGGGUUAAAAAUAACCAAUCAGUGCUGCAAUUCUAUUACUGUGAUUCUGGUGUUGAGAGACACAUCCUGUAAUAGUGUUAAUGCAAUUUUAAUAUUGCUGGUUUUGCGAUGUCUGCUACAUAAGAAUUUUAUUAUUAAGAGGAACUAAACAGUAGCUGAGCAUUUCCUUGUCUGCUUAUCCAAAGCUCUGUAUCAGCUGUGACUCAAGCCAUGACCCGAGAAACCAGUGAGAGCGAACUUAAUUCUUUUGUUAAUGAUUUAAUUUAGCAUACUUAAAAGAAGAAAAAACAACACAUUUGAAAGGUAUUUAAUUCAGGUGUUUUUUCUUUUGAUUGUUUUGCACCAUGAUGUAGUUUCUUGAAGUGCCAAAGUGAUCAGUAAGUAGUUUAUAUCCUGUCACAGAGCAGUCCACCUCCUGUAGUGUUUCUGUGAGCAGAAGUCGUUGAUCAUUCAGGUUAUUGCUGAAUUUAACGAGAACAAUUGGUGUUUCCUGGUGAUUCCAUGAGAUGCUUCAGCAGUUGUGCUGCUGAUUCAGUUUCUACCUAGACCAAUGUAGACUGAGAUUUCAUAUCCUUUAUUCCAUAUAACAACGUUUUACAUCUUAAAAAAAAAAGAUUUUGUAGAUGUGCAGUAAGUACUGCAUUAGUAGGCAAUGUAAAAUUGUCACUCAGGAUUAAAAACUAGAUGUAUUGAUUUCUCACUGGGUUCAGACCCAUGAACUAGAGAACAUAAUAUGCACUUAAUUAGAAAAUAUUUUUUGUUACUAAUGGAAGUUCGUGGUACUAUAAUUUUUCAGAAACAUUCCAUAUUUAUUUUAAUAUGUUUAUUGAAUGUUUAUUUAAAUUUUGAUUUUAGUAAUAUAAUGUUGCAUCUUUUGCCAAACCUUCCGAAUAAUCAGAUUUAACGAUUUACUCAGGAAAUAUGUAUAUUAUAAUAUAAAUACACACGUGGUAUAUAGGGAUUUUGGGUGGGAAGGGAUGUUUGCAAAAAUAUUUACGCAAAGCUAACUAUGUACUAGAUUACCAAAGCUGUUUAAUUCAUUUUCCGCAUGGAAGAUUUUCACUUAAUUGCUGUUAACUAGUCUCCGUUUUGUGGCUUAGACAAUCAGAAGUGUCGUGUGUCAGUGUGGAUGUUCAGGGUGAGAACUAGAAAGGAAAGAGGAAUUCCAGUUUUGUUCGUAGGGCACGUCAAUAUUUUAAUGCUUUAACAGCUGUCUUAAUGGAACAGGAUCUCUUAACAUGUGCUUGUAACCAGCUGCGGCUCCUGGGUGCUGGGAUAUUAGCAGGUGGUUUUGGAGAGCAGGUCUUGUUUUAAAGAUCUAUUAAGUAUGAAGAAAGGUUGAAAGACAAAUAUAAGGACUUAUUUGUGUUCCAUAAUGUUCGAUGUUAAAUUCAACACUUUGUGGAUAAAUAGAAUUAUCUCCAUAUAUAUGCACUUGCAAAAUGUUCAGUAGUUUUGGAUCUGUGAAUGUUUCUAGAACAGAUACAGACUCAGUAGUCCCAUCCUUAACUGGAAGGAGGCAGUAACCACAGAACCCCGUAGAUACAAGGUUACACAAGCCCCUUUGUAAUGCACUGAAUAGAGCUCAAAAGCUGGAGUUGACGGAAAUCAGAAUCUUAGUGUAGCAAGAUCACUUUUUCCUAAAGAAAGUGAAUUCAAUUUAAAUGAAUAUUUACAGCCUUAGCCUAAAAAAGAAAAGGUACUGAAGAGUUAUUUUAGUGUUUUCCUUGUGUGCGUGGAGUUUAUUUGCACAAAUUAAUUUCAGAAUUUGCUUUUGUGAAACUAAUUAACUAUACUUCACGGUUUAGAAAGUGGAGUUUGCAGUAUUUCAGUUAAUGACUAAUCUUUAAUUAUGGUUACUGUACUGACGGGAAGUCAGAAUUUGGAAGCCUUGAUCUGCUUUUCUGUUUACAGAACAAUCGUGGUCCUGCGGGAUUGCUUUGUGGUGGUGGAUGUACAGGGCGUGGUAGGUCCUAUACUGUAUCGCUUGUGUGUUAAUUAUUAUUGUGAGGGAAUGUGGUCUUAAUUGGUUCAUACCAUAGUUAAUGUGCCUUCAGCCGUCUCAGUUUUCAAAACCAGUAACUGUGCUCACUCUGUUUUUUCCAUUGCAGUUUAAAACCUCCCUUAAAAAGGGUUACGGUGGCUGCGUUUGGCUGCAGCUAGCACCUGGCACGCUCAGUCCCAUUGCUCGUGGGACUGCCCAGCACAAAGCUCCACGGCUGCAGAGAAUUACUGGGGUCAAAUGUGUUCAGUACAGGACAUCCCUCGUGAUGCCCCACACAUGCAAGCACCAUGUGCUCAAGCUUCACUUUGCCUUGCUCUGCUUUCCUCGAAACCCCAGGUCUUCAUAUCAGAAUGAUUUUGUGGCCAUUUCUUUAAAUUAUUCGAAUAUGGAUAGCACUGGACCUAUAAAGACCUAUUUCAGAAUAUUCAAUUCCAUUGUUUUCACACCCUUUUAUAUUUCAGGGGAAGUAGCUCUCUAUUUUAUCAAGUUGCCACUUAGAGUUGCAGUAGCUCUGUUGGCAGUCAUAAAAUAUUUUUAGCUGCCUAGUGUUUAAUUGUGCAACAAGGCACAAAUUGUGUACGUAUUGCACUGAAUUGUAUGAAUGAGUAUAACGCUUCUGCUUUUAGGGGCCAAUCCUGUUCAUGUUUUAUUGACUUUGCUGGGAGCAGAGUUGGGGUGCUAGGUUACACUUCAGCCAGAGAUGGUUUGGGUUUGGACUUGGGAUUGAUUUUUGAUUAUUUUUUUUUCCAUUUGUAAAGCAAUCAGGUUAAAAAAAAAUAGCAAUGGAUCCUUAAUGUUUUAAAAUCUCUGAUUCAUAUUCCAAUACAAGGUGGAUUUUAAGAAUUCAAGUUACUUUGUGGCCUGUGUAAAUAACUGGAGUCCUCUGAUGAUUCGACCUUACGGUUUCCCAGAAGAAAGGGGAUUUGGUCUUGCUUCAAUGACCAAAUGUUUUUCUGGUAACAUUUCAUACCUCUGCUUUUCUUCUGUAUCCACGGAGUCCCCAUGGCAGUUAAGUUAGUCUGAUGGGAUUUACAUAAACCAAAACUGAAGAAGUUGAUAUUAGUUUGUCAUUACUUACUAGAACACCACACAGGGAGAUUGUUUUGCCGGGGCUUUUUGAGCAACGUGUGUCAGGUUGUGUAGUUCCUAAACCAACCCUAUUGUUUUUUCUUCCCAGACUUACUCUUCUUCGUUGGUAUUGGUAUUUACCACUGCUGCUAACCUCUUUCCCUCCCUGCCUGGGUGUGUGUAAUUGGAAACAAUUUGCCUUACAGCUUAGGAACUGUUGCUCUGGGCUUCAUGAAGUCUUUGGAUUCCUGUUAAUGUUUCCCAGUGGUGUAGCAAAUGCGUGGCAGAAGAUGUAGGUUGGUUGACCUGAAGGCUUUUUGAGGAACUUGCUGGCCUUUUGGCCUUCACUGUGUCUUCAGAGCAGUGUGGAAAUGCUCUAGACUGUAGUGGAAAGCUUCCUAGCCUUACUCCUAUGCACUUGUUCAGAAGUGACCAUGAGCACACUUUCCUGGGGGUGUUCGAUCUGCUGUCCAGGCCUUCUCAUGCUCAGUUUGGGGAAAUACAGAAGGAAAGGGGAGCCACAAGAAGGAAGGGAACACUGAGCCACUGGAAGCCCUCCUUCCAGAGGAGAAAAUCACUGUGUGGCUUAGCUUGAGACUUCCCUUGAGCUAUCUGGUUGUGGGUUGGUUUUUUAAGCAGCUAUUCCCCAAGUGAGAGCAUUCAGCUCUGCUCAGCACGAUGUAUCUGGUAUCUGAUUUAUACGAAGUCAUAGCCCUAGCUUUAGGAUGUGGGAUUUUUUUUUUGUUUGUUUAAUUGCUGUGAAGAUUAUGCAACUAACAAAGUAAAAUGUAUUUGUUUAAAAGUUACCUUCUUACCUUUUCUGAGAGCCGACUUUUUGUUUUAUUCUCUGUUUGGGAACUGUGAUGUCAAAAUGCUGCAUUUUGGAGCAACCCAAAGUAGUAGGGCUUUGAGUUUUUUGUUCUUUGUAUCUUUAUUGCUCUGAGAGUAUAUAUGAUAAAAUUUUAUUGCCAUGAUAUCCUAUAGAUUUUUUUUCUAAUAAUGUCAUUAAAAUGGAAAAAAAUGAGUUCGGGAUUAUUUAACUUUUCAGGAUAGUACAUUAUAUUGGACACGAAUAAGGUAUAUGGCACCUUGGUGAAUAUAUGAGAGCAGGUGACUUUGGAAUAUAUAUUUUUUAUUUUUUUAAGUGCAUUUGCAAUUAGGCUACUGAGGGGAUGGGUGCGGUCCUGCUUCCACUGAAGCCAGCAGCUUUAACAGAUUUUUGUCUUUAUCUGUCUUUGUCACUCUCCUGGCAUGGUAGCUCGAGUUAGGCAGGCUCUUUGUAAAUACAGCCUUAGUAGUUCACCUUGAACAUUUGAUAUUGAGAAACUCCGGAAGGAUGUGUUCCUGACCUUUUUGAUAAGGUUUCUCCCUCUGCUGACAAACUUGGGAUUAGCAGGGUUGGUUUGCUUUCUUUUAAAGCUGAGGAAUGUACCCACAGCUGAAGCUUCGGCUGGGUUGAAUUUGUGGGUUUCUGAGAAUUUUGCACCUUGUUUUAUCCCGACUCGCUUGGAUGGAAAAUAGAGCCUUAAGCAUACCAAGACCUUGAUUUAUUUCCUGUGCAGUUUAUUCGUCUCUGUCACCAGCACUUUUUUGUCUUGUGGAAUGUUCUAUACAAAUCUGGCACCUCCUCGUCGAUUGCUUUCUAAUUAAGGAAACAAAAAUCACUUUCCUGAUCGAUUUUAUCAGUUGCAUAAAAUGGAAGGUCGUUUAUUUUUCUUCGUUAGCAAUACUGAAAUCAAAGGUGCAAAAAAAAAAACGCAUUUAGUGUUUGUCUGUGCUGUUACAGAUUGGAAGUGUAUGGGGUUAGGAGCAACUUUUAAAAAACUUGAGGAAAUGGAGCUAUAAAUCCUCUCUGCUUGUUUGCCAAAUGAGCGUUAAAAAGGAAAUUAUUUGCAAAUAGUGUGUCAAAAGUUUUUUUAGAAAGAAUCAACCGGAGUCAACGUAAAAUCAUUGUCAGAUGAAAGUUGCUUUACAUUUUUUUACUGUAUAAAAUACAACCAGUUCAAAACUUGUUUAUGCACAGUAAUAACUUAAGGAGCGUAAUUUUUUCACAGAAUUAGGCUAUUUCUGAUAUGUGUGGGAAAAAUAAGUUUCCUUUUAUUUUUUAUGGCGGAUAUACAAAGAUUAAUAGUGUCUAUAUUUUAAUAUACUAUUUGGUGUCUGAAGUAUCUUUUACAUGCUUGUUGGUCAAACUCAUUUACUUAAAGUAGUAAAUUUUACACGGCUGGUGUUGUAUUACUGCAGGAGGGUUUUGUGAGUUGAUCCGUGUGAUAGACCCAACAGAAAUAUGUGAAAGUAUAAUUUAGCUUAAAAAAAAGGUCAAUUGUUGAUUAUAAAAGAUUUUAAUCGUUGGCCAAUUUUGGCUUAUUUAAGUAUUUCUGUAAAAACAACUGUGGAUGUUGAAUGAACGCUGCAGAAAUCUUACUUCUACCUCUUGUGUGAUGUUCUUAAAAUUAUACUUCACACAUCUCUUUGGGAUGUACUUUGACGUUACAGAAAGUUGGUACACCUGAACUUGUGAAUUUCAUGUGCUUUCUCCUUUUUUUUUUCCUGUUAGUAGUUUCACGUGGAACACCAGGAUGCCUUGUGGCUGAGGCUAGGUUCUGUUCACUCGUGUAAAGUAGCUUCAGGCAAGCUGUGCACAUUCACGCACCGUUUCUGUUGAGCAAAAGGUACCGCAGUCGAGAGAUGAGGUUUGUGUUACAUGUGUGAAAGUCUUGGAAAUAUGAGAAUUCUGUAAUAAAUCAUGGCCAGUGUAAUUUUCUAGUCUUUUUAUGUACACGAUUGAUUCCUUUUAUUUAAAAAAAAAUCAACUGUGUUGUAUGGAUGUCCCUAAUAAAUAGUUACAGCUCGUUGUUUCGUUUGGUUCAA